UUUGUUAUAGAACAUAUUUGUCAGUACUGGUCGUAUUUGCGUUAUUUAGAAUUAUGAAAAUGCAUGGUUGCACAUAGCUAGCUUAGAUAAUAUAUUUUAAUGGUGUUAUGCAUGUCCACUAUUUGCAAGUCGUAACUAACGUUAAAAAAGUAAACAUUGUCAACCACGCUACUGAAUCCAUCUUUUUUUUCUCCGCCUUUGUCACUAUAAACAAACUGUCUGUAAUGACAUCAGCUGUCAGUGUUGUCUUGUGUGGACCUUGUCCCGUCUGCGUAGAUAACUCUCCAGUUUUGCAGACAGCAUACGUUCAUGCAGUCAUGCAACCGGAGUCUGUUGUAUCCAUAGUCAUCGGGAAAUCUCAGUUUUGCUGCAUCACUGCCAGGAACACGUUAAGCAAGAAAAGCAGGAUUCAGAAAGGAUAAGGAAGAGUGCCGUGCGAAGAGGAAAGGAGCGGAGAAGGGAUAGUCAUCAAGUUCUGCUCAGUGUGUAUGUGUCGGGUUGCAUGAAGCUGUAGACCACUGCACUGAUGGAGAAGAGGGAGAGGAAGCCUGGAUACUUUUCCAGGCUGAAGAGGCGGAGACAGCUCAAGCAGAGCCAAUCAGGGAAGGCAGUGGCUGAGCAGAACCGGUUGGAUUUGUCCGCAAAGAUGCCCGUCAUCUCCUGCCCAGAUCCUGCUUUUUCUGAACCCCUGGAGAGGAUUAAACCUAACCUGCCUGGAGUCUCAGAUGGCAACAGGAGCAGCCAGGCCAAGAGAGAGAAGAGGCCCCCCGGGACAGUGGAGUAUACCGUGGGACUCCAGGAAUCUCUAAGCAGCAUUGCUCUGAAGUUUAACAUCACCCCGAACAAACUGGUGCAGCUCAACCGUCUCUUCUGCCGUAGUAUCUAUCCUGGACAAAAGCUGUUUGUUCCUGACGUGGACCAAUCGGGUGCCGACUCUCAGUCUGUGGGUUCUUCUGACCCCGCUUUCCCCAGCGGCCUAUCAGAGAAGGUGUUACAGGAUGGAGACUCCAGCGGCAGGUCAGUAAGACCAUUACGACGGGUGCUGUCGCCCCCGUCCGAGGACGAGAGCCCCGCCACGGUCAAGUUCAUUAAGAUGAGCUGCAAGUACUUUACUGAUGGAAUGGGUGUGGUGGGAGGGGUGAUGAUCGUGACGCCCAACAACAUCAUGUUUGACCCUCACAAGUCUGACCCCCUGGUGAUUGAGCACGGCUGUGAGGAGUACGGCCUGCUCUGCCCCAUGGAGGAGGUGGUGUCUGUGGCCCUCUACGACGACAUCUCCCACAUGAAACUCAAGGACGCGUUGCCGUUAGACCCACCCCAGGAUCUGUGUCCUCUGUACAGGCCCGGGGAGUGGGAGGAGCUGCCCUCAGAGCGCGACCUUAACCCCUUUAGCCGCUACGAGGCGCUGGACCCCAAACGACCCAUCGUCCUGGACGACAUCAACUCUGCCCUGUCAGAGACUGUCAUAGCGAGAGCAGAGUGUGAUCCAGCGGACAAGUCUCCAUCAGAUGAGUGUUUCACAGAGCUGGAGCUUCCAUUGAAAUGGAGCGCUGAGGAACCGAAGAGCGGAUCCAGACCACCUGCCAGUGCUACAAGCUCGGACCAGCAAGGAGAGCCUCCAGGAUCUAAUACCCCUAAACGGGCAAAGUCCCAGGACCAGUCCCCCUCUGACUCAGUCCCACUGACCUCGCAGAGAGGGGAGGAGGAGGAUGAAGGACUGGUACAGAACAGAUCCAUUGAGGACAUGACAGAAUCACUGCCCGUCUCAUCAGAGACUGAGAAAGCUGGUGAACUCCUGAAGGAGAAGCCUGCUAGCCUAGCCACAGGCCAAGGCCAAGACGACAACUCUACAGGGCAACUAGUGAACAGUGUUAGCAUUAGAGAACAAUCAGAAUCCGCAAUGGACCAAAACCGGAAGCUGAGCUUCAGUGAGACUGCUGAGGCUCCGGGAAAAUGUAUUUAUUGGGAACCCAGCCCUGCAGGCGAGCUGCAGAACGGACCAAUGAUAGAGGGGCUGAGUGAAGAAGAGAAGCGGAAGAGGAGCAACAAAGCGGAGGUGAAGUCCUGGCUGCUGGAGCGGAUGCAGGCGCCCAUCCAAAACACGCUUCUGUCCACGGAGAGGAAGAGUAAGACCCCUCCCAUGUUCCUUUGCCUCAAGGUGGGCAAGCCCAUGAGGAAGUCCUUCAUCUUUAGCCGGUCAUCCAGCCCCGCUCACACGAGAGGAAAGCAGCCGGAAUACUGGUUUGCUGUGCCCCAGGAGAGGGUGGACCACCUAUAUGCGUUUUUUGUCCAAUGGUCUCCUGACGUGUACGGUAAGGUGGCCAGGGAGCAGGGCUUCGUGGUCGUGGAGAAGGACGAGCUCAACAUGAUCGAUAACUUCUUCAGUGACCCCGUGACCCCUCACAGCUGGGAGAUCAUCACCAUCAACGAGGCGACGCGCAGGCAGACUUUUGGCAGUUACGAAGGGGAGGAGCCUUCGGGGGAUCUACUGCCCAUGCUCAGUGACCCUAGCACUCUGUUACAGGACACACACAUAGAGAAGCUUGCGUGUCGGCUGCCGGCGCGGGUGCAGGGGUAUCCAUGGAGACUGGCUUACAGUACGGCAGAACACGGGACCAGCUUAAAGACCCUGUACAGGAGCCUAUUGGAUGUGGACAGCCCUGUGCUACUGGUCAUCAAAGACAUGGACAACCAGUUGUUUGGGGGAUACUCUACCCAUCCUUUCAGAGUAAGUGAGCAUUGCUAUGGCACGGGAGAGACCUUCCUCUUCAGCUUCUGCCCUGAGAUCAAGAUGUACCGCUGGACUGGGGAGAACUCCUACUUUGUUAAAGGCAACAUAGAUUCUCUUCAGAUGGGAGGAGGAGGAGGUCAGAUAGGGCUGUGGGUGGACGCUGACCUGUACCACGGCACCACCUCUAGCUGUGCCACCUUCCACAACCAGCCCCUCGCCAUCCAGAAGGACUUCACCAUCCACAGUGUGGAGGUCUGGGCCUUCGAGUAGCCUCCCUCCACCUCCAGUCUCCGCCAAACCCCACCCACACUUGUGGGAACCUAGACCUAGCUUCAACGCCCACCCCUUUAUCAGAAUGCGGAGCUGACGAUUUCAGAUGGUGUAUGUCAUGGUUUAUGCCAGCCGGUUUGAUGUGGUUGGAACCUGGUUUGUCCUGAGUGUGGCGGAGGUGUGAAAAGCUGUGGCUGGUGUAUUUCCCUUUCUCUCUAUUUGCUGCCUUAAGGUUCUCGCAUGCUUCCUAGUCGAAAUGUGGCGCGCUGGUUUACGCAUUUAUUAUGACAAGAUUUUGUGAUGUUUUGGUGUUUGGCAGGGUUUUUUCCAGCUGUUCACACACAUUUGUUUUCUUGAGACAAGUUUAAGUUCACUAGCCGAAGUCUACUCUCCUUUGUCAGUGAUUGGUCAAAAGUAGGGAUUCUUCAAUGAAGUGUUUGUCAUUCAACGAGAGACGACAACUUUUCAUGCACAUUUAUUCACUUGAAAUACUGCACCAAACAUCUUAGCUAGAUGUAAAAUUGCGUGACGAAGACCUCGGCAACAACUAAAAAUAACUACACAUUUGUUAAUUUCUCUGAUUUAUUCUAACUAUUUUGAGGAAGUGUAUAUUGACUAUGUUGCUACGGCGUCUCAAGAGGGACAAAACAUAAUAUUGCCGCUUUUUUUCUUCAUUUUCAAGCAGUCAUUUAAGGGAGUAUGUGAGGCACAGAUGUGCGUCUAGCUGAGUUCUGCUAGGAGCAAACCGAAUCUAGUAUGCAGGCACCUUUUUAUACCUACCACGCCACAGCUAUCCCAGCAUGCAGCCUGCCUGCAGAACUCAACUUCUACCCACUCGGAGGGGGAGAAGUAGAGUGACUCAAGUUCCUGGAGGAUCAGAGGCGAUUCUGAUGCAAUUGUCCUUGCUAAUGAAAUCCGUCAUAGGUGACUGUAAACCACAAUACUAAAACAAUUCAUUGUGAGAUUUUUGUAUUAGGGAAGUGGGUACAAUGCCCAUCAAAAGGGAAUAAGGCAUCUGGUGAAGUGAAUAAACAACCAUCAAUUCUCGCCAAUCAGAUUGCUCCUUUUUGUUAUCAACCAGAAUAAUCUGAUUUCCCUGAGAUAUUAGGAACUGAUGUGAGAAGAGAAAGCAGGUGAAAGGGAAGAAGUUUUAGGUAAGUGCUUUUGAGACUCAUUUCUCUAACACACACAUUCGCCGCAAACCCACUUUAAAUAUAGGAGUAAUUGUUUACAAAGAGAAGAGGUUUGCAUUCACUGAAGGUUGUAUUGUUCUCAUGUCUCCAGUCCUAUAUAGACUGAAUGAGAAUGUUGCAUUUCAUGACCCUCGCUUUCCAAAACAACUGCCCACUUAAGGGAACAUACAGUGCAUUCGGAAAGUAUUCAAUCCCCUUCUCUUCUUCCACAUUUUGUUAUGUUACAGCCUUGUUCUAAAAUGAAUUUUAAAAAAUGUUUUAUUCCCGAUCAAUCUACACUCAAUACCCCAUAAUGACAAGGCAAAAACGGAUUUAGACAUUUUUGCAAAUGUGUAUAUAUAAAAAAAAAAACAGAACUAUAGCAUUUAUGUAAGUAUUCAGACCCUUUACUCAGUACUGUGUUGAAGCACAGCGUCGCUGCAUAGCUAUUUUCAGGUCUCUCCAGAGAUGUUCAAGUCCAGGCUCGUUCUGUUGGAAGGUGAACCCCAGUCUGAGGUCCUGAGCACUAUGGAGCAGGUUUCCAUCAAGGUUCUCUCAGUACUUUGCAUUCAGGCCAAAGAGUUCAAUCUUGGUUUCACCAGACCAGAGAAUCUUGUUUCUCAUAGUCUGAGAAUCCUUUGGGUGCCUUUUGGCAAAUUUCAAGCGGGCUGUCAUGUGCUUCCGUCUGGCCACUCUACCAUAAAGGCCUGAUUGUGCUGCAGAGAUGGUUGUUUCUGGAAGGUUCUCCCAUCUCCACAGAGGAACUCCAGAGCUCUGUUAGUGACCAUCGACAUUCUUGGUCACCUCCCUGACCAAGGCCCUUCAGUUUCGCUGGGCAGCCAGCUCUAGGAAGAGUAUUGGUGGUUCCAAUAUUCUUCUAUUUAAGAAUGAUGGAGGCUAAUUGUGUUCUUGGGGACCUUCAAUGCUGCAGAAAUGUUUUGUUACCCUUCCUCAGAUUUGUGCCUCAACACAAUCCUGUCAGCAUUGAAGCUCUACGGACAAUUCCUUCAACCUCAUGGCUUUGUUUUUGCUCUGACAUGCACGGUUAUCUGUGGGACCUUAUAUAGACAGGUGUGUGCUUUCCAAAGGGUCUGAAUGCUUAAGAUAUUUAAGUUUUUUUAUUUGUAAUACAUUUGCAAACAUUUCUGAAUCUGUUUUCGCUUUGCUAUUAUGGGGUGUGUGUAGAUGAGGAAACAUUAAUUCAAUCAAUUUUAGAGUAAGGCUGUAAUGUAACUAAAUGUGGAAAAAGGGAAGGUCUAAAUACUUUCAGAAUGUACUGUAAAGAGGGAGUUUUUGUAAUGAACAAAUGUUUUAUUAUACUUUUGUAUCUGUUUUGUUUGUUUCAUCAUAUAGAAUUGUAUGUUUAUUUUUUGUUUUGCGUUUCAAUUUUCUGUUUUGUUUUAAAGGAAGUCCCGUCAUCGCCCACAAGAUUGAUAAAUCCCAAGCAGGAAAUAGAUUGAAGGUUCUCAAUGCAGUAUUAGUCUGUCACAUCUCUGACCAACUGUACCUUCUCUUUGUUUUGUAUGCGUUUCGGUAAGUAGGGUGAUUUGCUACAGAGUGAGAGGGUUUAGUCCAUUGAGACAAGGGAAGUAGGGAGGGAUGUCGUUUUGCACUGCAGUCUUGUGGGACAGUUCAAUAACUCGGUGAUUGGUCUUGUCUGGAAUUAACAUCCAUCACUAUUGUCACUUUCUACCACUACGACAGGGAAGGAUGGGUCACCACUGGUAUUUUAUUUGGGAAUGAAAGGGAUAUACCUUUUUUCUCAACACGUUCUGUUGAUCUCGUGCAACUGAGGGUCCCUUUUUUAUUUUCCAAACCAAUGUCGAUAAAGGGAGUGUUCAUUUCUGUCUCUAGUUACUGUAAGAUGACUAGGCCUACUGCAUGAUAUGACUACUGUAACUGUUGAACCUGUUCCUGCGUUCCCACUAUCCACAAUCCUUACAGGUAUGGCUUUGUUUUAUGUAUUGUUGUCAUAUAGAUGUUGCGUGUUCUUCUCAUUGUGAAUGUUUCCAGUGUUUUAUUUUCUGUGAAUCCAAAAAUCAUAGUAUCAUAUGUGAAUACCACCAAGGAUGUAUUUAUUCUAUUGUUGCCACGUUUAAAACGAAAUAAACAAAUAAUAGCGUUC